AAAGCUCGAACCCGCGGCGGAGAAAGCGGUGCCGCACGUGACCCGGGCGGAUUUCUGUUGGCCUCGAAUUUCCGGCUUCACGCUCUCUUCUCUCUCCGCUCCGAGUUUCUGCCUUCAAUCGCCCAUUGUCUGCUUUCGAGGUUCUCCCUCCGGCCUCAGCCCAUCAUGGCCCCCUCCUCCUCCUCCCUCCUGUCCAAGGGCUCCGUCCUUUCCGCCAUUCGCCUCGGCAACUCCACCCUCGCCCUCUACCCUGGAUCCGCGAUUGCUCCCUCACAAUGCCGACACUUCUCGCAAUCGACCCAGCGCCCUGCCAUGCGCGCCAUGCCGCAGACUCUGGCCAUGAAGCAGCCCGCGCAGCCGAGCAUGAAGACUAGGGGUCGGGAAAUCUCGAGGGCGGAUCUGCCCCAGGACAUCGGGCUCUUGCCCGGAACCUUCAUCCGGCCGCUCUGGAGAGACCUGCCCUCCAUCUUCACGCAUCCCCAGGAGCGUAUGCGCAUGGAAUGGCUGUCGGUCAAGUCGGGCUUUCAGAACUUCUUGGGUCUCCUCGCCUACUGCAAGUGGCUCAACAAGGGCCUCCCUCUUCGCCUGAAGGAGCGUCGACAGGUUGCCCGCGCCCUCCAUAGGGAGAUGUACUCCGCCUACGCCGAAGGCAACGCGCCCACCAUCCGCAAAGUCUGCUGCACCGGUCUGGCCAUGCAACUCAUCACUCGAAUCAACAACCGCCCCGAAGACAAGCAAGUAGUCUGGAAGCUGGACAAAUACCUGCGCGGACCCAGCACAUUCUUCUCGGGCCUCCGAAUCGUCUCCGACCGCGCAACCCAGAUCCCCGAGCUCCCCAACUCCGGCGUCCGACAGGUCGUGGUGCGCAUCACCAGCCGGCAGUCCAAGGGCACGGUAGUUUCGUCCGCCCCCCUGUCCGACAAGGACAACCUGGCCGUGGCCAACAAUUCCAAGCAGCAGGACUGCACCGAGUACAUUGUCAUUCAGAAGUUCCGGUGGACCGGCGAGGAGACCGAGUGGCGCGUCUGGGGCCAUGCCACCCCCACGACCAUGGAGGAUCUCUCCAACCCGUUCUUUGCCCCCGGCGUCUCGCUUGCGGAGCGCAUGGAGGCGAUCAAGUCCGGAAUGGGAAGUAAAUAAAUAAACUAUUCUUUUCCGCUUCUUCUCCGUCGCCAAUUCCGAGGCCUUGCGAGACCUCUCCCCCCCACCCCCCCGCGCUCACCCGGGGAUGUUCGCUCAUACCUAACCUACCCGCGGACAAAACUGUUGCAUACGCAGUGACGAAGCGCCAAAAUUGUCUACCUGCUACUUACUAGCUUGGUACCCGCCCGUCCCUUUAUCUCCAAUCCCUUCCCCAUUCUCUCCCUCCAGUUGGCCGGAGGCGGCCAAUUUGAUUCUAUCAUGUGUUAUUGAAAACUACCUAUUCACCCAUUCACCCACUCACCAACCUAACCCAGGCCGAAUAUCCUCGAACCUAAUCCCGGUACGCAGUUGGCUUCUAUAAGGUCUGGGUCAUCAUUGACCAGA